UCUUGGUUUAUUCCUAUGUGGUAUAAGUAAUCUUUCUUUUUUGAACAGCGCAUAUGAGAACGUAUGGCAAAAAAUGUCAGGUUCAGAAAAGGAUCGUGUACGCUUAUUCUUGUGGGUUGUUCCUAGAACCAUAUCGACAGCUUUGACUAAAUGUCUCAGUGCCAUCGAAGGAAUGGAAGUUUGGUUCGAAUGUUUCGUUGCAUGCAGUGCAGUUCGGAAACAAUAUCAGCUUGCCACCGGUGAAGAUAUUCCGAUGACCUAUGAAGGAAAUGAAGAAAAGGCACAACAAGCAGCUACAAUAUUUAAGCCGUUCGUCGGCUGCGAAAUCGAGCCCUCUCGAAUUUUGUUUGCUGAUGUGCAGCAGAAGAUAGAAUCUUCAGAUAGCAGAUACAUCUUGGCAAAAGAAGGUGGAUUCAUCUUUCUUGAUGAUAAAUCACGACAAUACAUACCACGAGGAUUUCAACACGUUUUCUUAAUCCGGGAUCCGUAUAAAGUCUUCACCUCUUACAAGAAGGCCAUUAUCAGUCACAUGACCCAAUUAGGGUUAUGGAAUGGCGAUGCAGAAUCAUUCAACCUCGAGAAGGAUGAUGCCAUCCUAAAUCCUUGCGAGUUCUUCAGGGAAACUUUCGAACUUUGGAGGUAUGUCCGUGACAACUUGGAUCCCAAUCCAAUCGUUCUCAACACAGAUGAUCUGUUGGCCAACCCUGCUGAGGUCCUCUCUAAGUUCUGUCAUCUGACCGGCCUUCCGUUCAAUGAUUCACUUCUGCAAUGGGAUGCUUCAGCAGACGCCACCAAGAAGUGGAAAUUAUCAAUCGAUCGAGCAUUGGAUGACCGGAUAUUUUUCAAGACAGCCACCAAAUCCAGUGGAUUUGUCCCACCUACACCCGCUAUCCCCCUGGACACGGUAGCUCCAGAUGUCAGGAGGCUUGCAGAAGCGUCUAUGCCAUACUUCGAGGAAAUGAACAAGUACAAGAUGUAAUCAAAAUACACCAAGAGUUUCAUCUUUUCACUGUUUAACAUAAGCUGAUAAUUAUGGAUAAUAAAAAUCAAUAUUCAGUAUAAAUUGGAAAGAAUUGAUCCCGCAUAUGUCUAAAUAAUGCACAUUUCUUAUUUUUAUUCAUGCAUAUCUCUAUAUUGCAGGAAUGAGAUACUUUUUCGAGUACCGACAAUAGAAUAAUUUCUGUUUCUGUAUUUUCUGAUCUGUCGUCCUUUCGAUUGUCUGUCCCGCGUAUACAGGUCACAGAGGAUCUGAAAAUAUCUCGUUCUCUUUAAUUUAUCUUAACUUACAAGUGUGAAUUCAUAAAAAAGAUAUGUUGUUAUUUGCAUCUACUUUAAUAUCGACCUUGCAGUAGCAAGUAAAUGUAUAUGAAAGCAAUCGACAGCAUGUUCAUAUGACUAUGAGGGUGAUGGAAGAACUGUUUACUCUAUCAUUUAACUCCCAUGAUAUCACUAUACUCAUGAAAAUAACAGGUUAAGUUUACAAAUAAGUUUACGUAAUGCUCUGCAUUUAUUCAUGUCAUUCAAUUAAUCAAAUUGGUAUUUCGGCUUGCAUCCAGUACAAGACGUCGCAUGUCCGAUCUGGUCAUAAGGGAGAAAACAUAUCAUAACCAUUAAGAUUUGAACCUUUCGUCAACUCCCUACCAAGUAUUGUCUGCAGUACUUUUUUUUUCAGAGAGAUCGAUAUUAUUUAUGUAGUUAUAGAACGGUAAUAAGCAUGAUGGAAACACAAGUAACACAGAUAAUUUGGUACCUACUGUCCACUAAGAAAAACAACAUGUUUUGCUUGUCGCUAGUAAACAUUGACUAACGCUCUUAAAAAUAAAUUGGGGUUAAUAAAAACUAAAGUGCUGGUAAAGUAAAUAUCUCUACUAUAAAUGGAGAUGAAAUAGUGCCGCAGUUCGUGCUUCACGGGAUAUGUUUGCUGCCUGAAACACAAAAUAUGAUUUAAUUAUAUACAGUAACAGUACAUCACAUUUUUAUGAUUAUUGUUUAUAAUGUGAACACACUGUAUGACGCUGCAUUCUUUCCAGCAUAGAUAUUGCUGGUCACGAAUACUAGUAAAGAAUAAAUGAUCUAUAGAUCAAAUG